GGUUGUUGGUUUUUUGGUUUUUCUGGUCAGCCGGGUCGUCGGUUCUGGCCGGUUCUCACCGAGCCAAAAGCACAUUACAUUCAGCCCCCACCUCCUCAAUCAAAAGCCGCCCAUCUCCGCGAUGAUCUAGAUGGUACUUGCGCAAAGUGGAUCAAACCUCACUAUUUAAUUACUGUUCUAGCAUUGGGACUUGCUAUGUGAUUACUCUCCUCUGAUAUCCCAAUCCGAACUCAACCACAGCCGGCACCGAAUCCACGAGAAAGCCCGCUCAAUCCCGACAUUUCAAUCCAAUCGAGGCACGAAACCCUAGAGCUUCGAUUUUGACUGCAGCGCUCCGCCAUGGCCACCGUGCCUUCUUCGGCGUCAACGUCCGCCGCUUCGUCGUCUUCGCAGUUUACUUACUCAAAUAAUUCUUACUUCCCUCUGCCCUUUCACCUCCAGCAAUCGGACCCAAUGGCCGCGUCGCAGUAUCCAAAGCCUUACGUCGCGCCUCCCGCUGUGAUUCCUGCCCCAGCUGUGAAAGUUCCAGCAGCUCCAGUCACGCCCUAUCCCGCUCCGGCACCCGUUGCUGGCGUAUACACGCUGCCACAGUAUCAGCAGGCUCAACAGCUAUUUCAGAGGGAUGCACAGACGAUUACACCGGAAGCUUUGGAGAGUGUUAAAGCUGCCCUUGCAAGCAGUGAGAUUGAGCACAAAGCAGAAACAAAAAAGAGAGCACUACCUCGCAAAGCUGCUGGGCAGAGCUGGGAGGAUCCAACACUUGCUGAUUGGCCAGAAAAUGAUUAUCGCCUGUUUUGUGGUGACCUGGGUAAUGAGGUGAACGAUGAUGUUCUUUCAAAAGCUUUUGCACGAUUUCCUUCCUUCAAUAUGGCCAAAGUUGUGAGAGAUAAGCGGACGGGCAAAACCAAGGGAUUUGGAUUUGUUAGUUUUUCUAACCCUUUAGAUCUUGCAGCGGCACUAAAAGAAAUGAAUGGUAAAUAUGUUGGAAAUCGACCAAUUAAACUCCGCAAGAGCAAAUGGAAGGAGAGAACGGAUUAUGAUGCUUUGGAAAGACAAAAGAACCAAACACAAAAGAAACAAAAGCUUCCAAAGAAAGGUGUAUUGCACAAGUGAGUGCUGAUAAAAGCAUAUAAAUCCAAUGAUAGAACCAAGAUGGGAGAUGCGAACGCUGCAGAAUGCCAGAAUCCUUUUGUUUGCCAGACUGGGGAACCCUGUCAAACCUUUGCUAGCAAAGCCAGGAUUGUUUAUGCGUUAGUUGUAUUUUGGCCUGAGUUUCUGUAUUCCAUAUCAUUCCAUAGAAUGGUAUUUGGAUUUGACAUUUAGAAGAUUCGACUAUCUUACAUUUAAAAUUUUGAAGUAAAAAAAUUUUCUUCUUUUUUGGCUCUUUUUUUGGAGAUGGCGUUGGUUGUUGAAGUUAGGGUUAGGGUUAGGGAAGUUCUACCUGGUUGAUAUAAAGUAGUGUCUGCUUUUUGGCAUUUAAUUAAUGAUUUGGUUUGGUUUUCCA